UUGUCAUUGGUGUGCGCAUUUCAUUACAUAUUUUUAUCAAUUCUGCCAGAGUUUUUUCCCUCGAACAGACGUGGCGAAGUUGUUGAAUACUAUUAGGUAGGUCGUUCCGGUUCGAUUCAACACAAUGGGACUGUGCAAGUGUCCAAAGCGGCAAGUGACAACCCAGUUUUGCUUCGAGCAUCGGGUAAAUGUUUGCGAAAAUUGUAUGGUCGUGAAUCACACCAAGUGCACAGUCCAAUCCUAUAUUCAGUGGUUGAAAGAUAGCGAUUUCGAUUCCUGUUGUGCUCUGUGUGGAAAACUGCUGGAUGAUGACGAUUGUAUCCGCUUGAUAUGCUAUCAUGUGUUUCAUUGGAAAUGUUUGAGCUUGAAGCAACAAUCGUUACCGGCCAAUACAGCACCCGGGGGACAUACGUGCCCAACAUGUAACGAUCCUAUUUUUCCACCCGCCAAUCUAGUCUCUCCGGUUGCCGAUAUACUGCGAACACGGCUGGGCCAAGCCAACUGGGCACGGAACGUGCUGGAAUUGCCUUUGUUACUUGAGGAAAAGCAAGACUAUUCAAAUUUAACAGCUACAGCAAACUCAGCGAAAGCUCUCAAUGAAAACGUCUUUGCAGGUAGCACAGCACAGAACCGGAACGCUCUAUCGGUUGGUGUGUCGCAGAAUGAAAAACCCGACAGUCCUCAUUCAAUCGUAAACAUGGACUCAUACACUAAUAAUAGUCUAGAUUUUCAAGCCAGCAGCCGGCGCCCGCUGCUACAGCGCGAAUCCCCUCUAGGCGCAUCCGACCGGGAUGAUAACAAAUACAAGCGGCGAACCCCGCAGGAAGUGCUUUCCCGUUGGUCGCGAAGGUUUUACGCUCCCGCUGCGAAGCCGCCCUGGCGUCGAACGUGGUUCCUGGUGACCAGCGGUUGCAUAGGAUUCGUUUGCAUUUUGUACGUACUGGCCACGCUCGGGCGUCGCAGCAGCAACAGCGGUGGUGAAAUCGGUGGUUUUAUGCUCAAUCGAAAUUUGCCCCACGAGGAGUGAGUGAAUCAAGGUCAUGGUAAGAACAUAAAUGAGUUAUUAAUAUCAUUUCGAAAUGCAUUACCAGGUGCCUCUAUUUUAUUAUAAUUUAAUAAGCAUUAUUCCAAUAAAGCUAUAAUCUACA